AUGACAAGUAGCAGCAUGGUUCCAUUCCAAGUUCCAAUCCUCAACAAUAACAACUAUGACAAUUGGAGUAUCAAUAUGAAAGCUCUUCUUGGUGUGCAAGAUGUUUUGGAGAUAGUAGAGAAAGGUCACACAGAGACAGAGAAUAAGGAUAGUCUCUCUCAAACUCAAAGAGAUAGUUUGAGAGACUCAAGAAAGAGAGAUAAGAAGGCUCUCUAUCUAAUCUAUCAAGGAUUAAAUGAUGAUGCUUUCGAGAAGGUUUUGAAAGCAAAGUCGGUGAAAGAAGCGUGGGAGAAGUUUCAAACCUUAUAUAAGGGAAUAGAUCCGGUCAAGAAGGUAUGUCUUCAAACUUUAAGAGCUAUAAUGGUCACCAAUCAACUUAAGAGAAAUGGUGAAAAGCUUGAUGAUGUAAAAAUUAUGGAGAAAAUUCUUAGAUCAUUAGAUCCAAAGUAUGAACAUAUUGUCACGAUAAUCGAAGAAACAAGAGACUUGGAGGCUAUGACCAUUGAGCAACUUUUGGGCUCGUUACAAGCUUAUGAAGAAAAGAAAAGGAAGAAGGAAGGGAUCAUGGAGCAACUACUCAAGACACAAGUUAACUCAAUGGUGAGCAUCAAGGAGCUUGAUGAAUCAGUGAGCUGCAACGUGGCCUUUGGAGAUUAA